AUGGGCAACCUCUGCAGCAAGUCCGACGGCGACAACUUCUCCCAGCCGGGGAGAGCCCUCGGCACCGCGCCCGAGCAGCCCGCCCGCGCCGCCGUCCCGCCCUCGGCCGUAGCAGCCAGGAAAGUCGGCGGCCCGCCCCGGACUCUGGGCGGCGCGGCCCCUGCUGCGGACGGUCCUGACGAUGCGCGCAGGAGAGCCGCCGAGGCAGCAGAGGCCCGCGCAAACGCGGCGAACAGCAAGAACACGGGGAAACUCGCCACCCAGCUCGCCGCGCAGAAGAAGCAGUCGCGCAACGAGACCCUUCAGGAGAUUAGCAACAGCAACGUGAGGCAGCGGGACGCCGACGAGGCCGCCGAGGCGAGGACACAUAACUAA